UGACAGAGGAGGAGGCGGUCAAGGAACGGAAGCCGGGAAGGAACCAGGGCGGAAGGGGACCAGGGCCGGGGUUGUGUUCGGAGCCUUGGCGGGGCUGGGGUUCCGAUGUGGUCCCCGGAGCGGGAGGCCGAGGCCCCGGCCGGGGGAGACCCGGCGGGCCUACUGCCCCCCGAGUGGGAGGAGGAUGAGGAACGCAUGUCUUUCCUGUUCUCCGCCUUCAAAAGGAGUCGCGAGGUGAACAGCACCGACUGGGACAGCAAGAUGGGCUUCUGGGCUCCGUUGGUGCUGAGCCACAGCCGCCGCCAGGGGGUGGUGCGCCUGCGUCUGCGGGACUUGCAGGAGGCCUUUCAGCGCAAGGGCAGUGUCCCGCUGGGGCUGGCCACCGUGCUACAGGACCUGCUACGUCGAGGGGAGUUGCAGCGGGAGUCAGACUUCAUGGCCAGUGUAGACAGCAGCUGGAUCUCCUGGGGGGUUGGAGUCUUCCUGCUGAAGCCCCUCAAGUGGACUCUUUCCAACAUGCUAGGCGAUAAUAAAGUUCCUGCCGAGGAGGUGCUCGUAGCCAUGGAGCUGCUUAAGGAGAAGGCCGAGGAGGUGUACCGUCUGUAUCAGAACUCCCCGCUCUCCUCCCACCCCGUGGUGGCCUUGUCAGAGCUGAGCACCCUCUGUGCGGGCUCCUGUCCGGAUGAGAGGACCUUCUACCUAGUGUUGCUGCAGCUGCAGAAAGAGAAGAGAGUCACGGUUCUCGAGCAGAAUGGGGAAAAGAUUGUGAAGUUUGCCCGAGGGCCACAUGCCAAGGUCUCUCCGGUCAACGAUGUAGAUGUCGGGGUGUACCAGCUGAUGCAGAGUGAACAGCUGCUAUCGCGCAAGGUGGAGUCCCUGUCCCAGGAAGCAGAGAGGUGUAAAGAAGAAGCCCGCCGGGCAUGCCGAGCAGGAAAGAAGCAGCUGGCUCUGAGGUCUCUCAAGGCCAAGCAGCGGACAGAGAAGCGCAUCGAGGCCCUGCAUGCCAAGCUGGACACUGUUCAAGGCAUCCUGGACCGGAUCUACGCCUCCCAGACAGAUCAGAUGGUUUUCAAUGCCUAUCAGGCUGGGGUAGGAGCACUAAAACUCUCCAUGAAGGAUGUCACAGUGGAGAAGGCAGAGAGCCUUGUGGAUCAGAUCCAAGAGAUUUUGACAGUGAGGAACUGGAGAAGGAAUUGGACAUCCUUCUUCAGGAUACCACCAAAGAACCUUUGGAUCUGCCCGAAAACUCCCCUGAGACAUUUUAUACCAACAGUGUGCCUAACCCUAGGAUCUCGGACGCUGAACUUGAAGCUGAACUUGAGAAAUUGUCCUUAUCAGAGGGAGGUUUGGUCCCAAGCAGUAAAUCUCCAAAAAGGCAAUUGGAACCGACUCUCUAAAGCCAUUCUAGGACCCUUAAGUGAAGGACCCUCGUGUAAAAGAGAGACCAGGCUUGUGUGUGUGUACAUAGUUAUUUAAAUGAGAAACUCUCAGAAUUUGUUGGGAAGAGGAGGAAGGAGAACUGCUUCGAUGUAUCUGGAUGCCACCACUCACUACAGGACAGAUGUAAUUUCUGGAAGCGUGCUCGCGAGGCGUGCUCCCAGCUGGUGUCAUGGACCUGCCUUCUCAUCUUUAUAGUGCCACAAUUUAUACAGUUCUGUGUUUGACCUGUCGUCUCUCAUAGCCUGCAGUCCUUGCCGUUGGCUCAGUUAGGUUUGUCUUUACCCGCCAGCUUUGUUCCAGCCCACGAAGGCGAAAGAGUUGCAGCUUUGCCAAAUCAAAACCAGUCCCUUCUCCCCACCCCCACUGUUUUUCCCCCGAGGACUUUAUUCUGUAAGGUCAGGUAAGCGACUUGUUCCGGUCCUACUCUGUUUUCACUGCAAUGCAAGGAAGGAGAAUCAAACAGCUGCCACCUGAUGGAGGAACGUACAGUGUGAAAGGGUGUUCUGUGGGGCCGCUGGCCAGAUUCUCCAGGUGUUCAGAAAAAGAGGUCACCCCUGAGUGUCAGAGUCACGACACCUGGCAAGGGGGCUUGUGUAGUUGGGGGGAUGCUGCUGUCUUUUCCGUCUUAUGCAGAAGAUCUGCGGACUGGAGAGUUAUUCUUAGUCUUUUGAACUUGACAGGGAGAAGCCCAGGCGACUAUUAGGGCCCCGGGUGUCCAAACUCCAUAUUUUUUUUAACGAGGCACAAUCUCUGCCUUGCCCCCAUCACAGAAUAACUUAACAUAUAACUUAAAUAUGCGUAUCAGAACAAGCCACACAACCACACGCCUCCCCUUCUUGAGCCUGGCACACAACAGCAGGUUCUUGGUUUGAACUUCAGAAGCAUUUCGCUUUGGAGCCCGUUGCUCAGGGCAGGGGAUCUGAGCCAGGAUGUGCAAUAGAAGCAGAAGAUGUGGCCUUCCGCCAUGUCUGCUGUGUACUUCCCCGGUCCUGCGCCAUACCUGUCCUGCCUCCUCACGUGCUGUCUUCCUGCUUCCUUUGAUGGACUGGGGAGGAUGGUACUGGGGGGAGGGGCGGCAGACAGGAGGGUCUGAAUGUUCUGGCAACACGGAGAAGAAAGGAGGACAGCUGUACUGCCACUCUGCUGCCACAGUAACAAGUAUUUCUGCCUGGAGCCCUUUGCCCUGGCCCUCCUCCACGAGGUGCCACAGAGCCCAGGGAAAGAAUUUGCUCCAGGCAAGGAGCAUGAAUUACUGUUCAAUUUCUCUCCUACUUGACCUUGGUAAACUGAAAUGUUGGGGGUGAAGAGAAACAAUCACUAUUUUUUCUUUUUUAUCUGAUAAAUAAUUAAAAGAAAAAAUCCGA